UGUAUAAUUCAUCGCUAAUUCCGCGGUCACACUGCCGGCUGUGUAAUUUUGUAUAAAACACAUUUAUAAACUGACAAUUCCCCCCUCAUUUUUUCCUGCGUGCGAUUCCCGAACGUGGGACUCUCGAACGGAACCGACUUGGAAGACGCCUCAGCCGCGCUUACGCAGAAGCGGCUCACCAGCGGACCUUCGACACCGGAAAGCGCGAAACGCACACACGACAAUAUCAUACCAUAAUCAUCGCGGCCACGCUCCGCCUGGGCAAAUCCAAUCCAAUUCCGGCAUCCGGAGCAAGCGAACCGUGUGUUCCUCGCGGGAACUGCAGAACCACAGCAAAAUUAACAACCUUGGGUGAGAAGAGGCACAGGCGCCAUGAGCGUGGACACGUACGCGCCCAGCUCGGCGCUCUCCUUCCUGGACAUGGAUGACAACGAACUGCUGCCGGGCGCCGAUACGCAGCCCACGCAGUACGACUACCGCGACUUCACCAUGCCCUCCACCUCGCAGAGCCAGACGCAGAACGACCAGCUGGAGCUGCACCCACGUCGCUCUGGCGGGGACUCGCAUCCGCGGCUGGCCAGCAUCACCAACGAUCUGGCCGAUCUGCAGUUCGAGGAGGAGGACGACGAGGCGGGCAGCUCGUACGUGAAGGAGCUGCCGGCGCACGCCUGCAAGUACUGCGGCAUCCAUGACCCGGCCACGGUGGUCAUGUGCAACAACUGCCGCAAAUGGUUCUGCAACGGACGCGGCAGCACCUCCGGUUCGCACAUCAUCAACCAUCUGGUGAGGGCCAAGCAUCGCGAGGUGACGCUCCAUGGCGAGGGACCUCUGGGCGAGACCAUACUGGAGUGCUACUCCUGCGGCGUGCGCAACGUCUUUGUGCUGGGCUUCAUACCGGCCAAGGCCGAUUCGGUGGUCGUGCUGCUCUGCCGGCAGCCGUGUGCCGCCCAGAACUCGCUGAAGGACAUGAACUGGGACCAGGAGCAGUGGAAGCCACUGAUCGCCGACCGCUGCUUUCUGCCCUGGCUGGUGAAGCAGCCCAGCGAGCAGGGCCAGCUGCGAGCGCGCCAAAUUUCGGCCGCGCAGAUCAACAAGCUGGAGGAGCUGUGGAAGGACAAUAUCGAGGCCACGUUCCAGGAUCUGGAGAAGCCGGGCAUCGACUCGGAACCGGCACAGGUGCUGCUGCGCUACGAGGACGGGUAUCAGUACGAGAAGACCUUUGGUCCGCUGGUUCGCCUCGAGGCCGACUACGACAAGAAGCUGAAGGAGUCGGCCACUCAGGAGAACAUCGAAGUGCGCUGGGACGUGGGCCUGAACAAGAAGACCAUCGCCUACUUCACGCUGGCCAAGACCGACUCGGACAUGAAGCUGAUGCACGGCGACGAGCUGCGCCUGCGCUACGUGGGCGAGCUGUACAAUCCUUGGAGCGAGAUCGGGCAUGUGAUCAAGGUGCCGGACAAUUUCGGCGACGAUGUCGGCCUCGAGCUGAAGACCUGGUCGAAUGCGCCGGUCAAGUGCACCAGCAACUUCUCGGUGGACUUCAUCUGGAAGUGCACCUCCUUCGAUCGCAUGACGCGCGCCCUGCGCAACUUCGCCAUGGACCGCAACUCCGUCUCCAACUACAUCUACUCGCGCCUGUUGGGUCACGGCCGUCCGGAUGCCAACGACGAAGUGCUCUUUCGCGGCCCACAGCCCAAGCUCUAUAGCGCCCCGCAUCUGCCCGACUUGAAUCGCAGUCAGGUGUACGCCGUGAAGCACGCGCUCCAGCGCCCACUCUCGCUGAUCCAGGGACCGCCCGGCACCGGCAAAACCGUGACCUCGGCCACCAUCGUUUACCAGCUGGUGAAGCAGCAUGGCGGCACUGUGUUGGUCUGUGCGCCCAGCAACACGGCUGUGGACCAGUUAACGGAGAAGAUCCACCGCACAAACCUGAAGGUGGUGCGUGUGUGCGCCAAGAGUCGCGAGGCCAUCGAUAGUCCGGUUAGCUUCUUGGCGCUGCACAACCAAAUCCGCAACAUGGAGACCAACUCGGAGCUGAAGAAGCUGCAGCAGCUGAAGGACGAGACUGGCGAGCUGAGCUCUGCGGACGAGAAGCGCUAUCGCAGUCUGAAACGUGGCGCCGAGAGCCAACUGCUGGAGGCGGCCGACGUCAUUUGCUGCACAUGCGUGGGCGCCGGCGACGGCAGGCUGUCGCGCAUCAAGUUUACCUCGAUCCUGAUCGACGAGUCGAUGCAGUCGACGGAGCCGGAGUGCAUGGUGCCGGUGGUGCUGGGCGCCAAGCAGCUGAUCCUCGUGGGCGACCACUGCCAGCUGGGACCGGUGGUCAUGUGCAAGAAGGCCGCUCGUGCCGGCCUCUCGCAGAGUCUCUUCGAGCGCCUCGUGGUCCUGGGCAUCCGUCCGUUCCGCCUGGAGGUGCAGUAUCGCAUGCACCCCGAACUGUCCCAGUUCCCGUCCAACUUCUUCUACGAGGGCUCGCUGCAGAACGGCGUCUGUGCGGAAGAUCGUCGCCUUAAGCUGGACUUCCCCUGGCCGCAGCCGGAGAGGCCAAUGUUCUUUCUGGUGACGCAGGGUCAGGAGGAGAUCGCCGGCUCAGGCACCUCGUUCCUCAACCGCACAGAAGCGGCCAACGUGGAAAAGAUCACGACGCGAUUCCUCAAGGCUGGCAUUAAACCGGAACAAAUUGGAAUCAUCACGCCUUAUGAGGGACAGCGCGCUUACCUGGUGCAGUACAUGCAAUACCAGGGCAGCCUGCACUCCCGCCUUUAUCAGGAGAUCGAGAUCGCCAGCGUGGACGCGUUCCAGGGACGCGAGAAGGACAUCAUCAUCAUGUCGUGCGUGCGCUCCAACGAGCGCCAAGGCAUCGGCUUCCUGAACGAUCCACGACGCCUUAACGUGGCCCUCACCCGAGCCAAGUACGGCAUCAUCAUUGUGGGCAAUCCCAAAGUGCUCGCCAAGCAGCAGCUGUGGAACCACCUGCUCAACUUCUACAAGGACCGCAAGGUUCUCGUCGAGGGCUCGCUGAAUAACCUCAAGGAGUCGCUCAUCCACUUCCAGAAGCCCAAGAAGCUCGUCAACAGCAUGAACAUUGGGGCUCACUUUAUGUCCACCAUGAUAGCUGAUGCCAAGGAGGUGAUGGUACCGGGCUCCAUCUACGAUCGAAGCGGUGGCUACGGCCAGGGCCGUCAGAUGCCGGGUCAGGCCAUGAACGGUGGCCAGUACGGCGGCGGUGGCGGUGGUCAGUAUGGCGGCUCUCCCCUCGGCUACGGUGCCCCCAGCUCCAACUCCAUGGGCGGUUUCGGCCUGGGCGCGGGCAGUGGCGCUGCCGGCGGCAACAACAACUUCGGAGGCGCUGGCGGUGCUGGACCCAGCUGGGCAGCUGCUCACUUGCAUCACGACUCCAUUGGCUACAUAUCCAACGAGCACGGCGCAGCGGCACUGGGCAACAUGCCGGUCCCAGUUGGCAUGUUCAUGAACAUGAGCAAUCUGCCGCCACGGUUCUACAAUCAGCACCAGCAGGCGAUCAUGGCGGCCAAGCAGAAUCGAGCGAUGCAGCAGCAGUCGGGUAACUAUUCGCCGUCGAACUCUGGAGUCACGUUCAGUGGACCUGGAGUGGCCACCUUGGGCGGCAUGAAGAAGACCCAGAAGCUGGGAAAACUGCGUACAGCGGCUGGCCAGUCUGGUGGUGGAUCGUCGGCAGGAGGAGCUGGUGGACAGGCGAGCACGGGCAGUGCUGCCACUCCAUUCAGCCAGCAGCCGGUGCCGCUGUCGCUGCAGAUGACGCAGCCCAGCGGAUUUGCUCUUUCGCAGCAGCCGGAGCUAUCGCAGGACUUUGGGCAGAUAUCGCAGAUGGAUGGUUUGCUCUCCCAGGAUGUGGCCUUUAACGUGUCGGGCGAACGCAGUUUGAAUCAGUUCUCACAGCCUUAUUGAGAAUCCGGCCGGAGGUGCACCAACUACAAACGAUAACAAGCAACCCAAACGAAACAACAACAAACUCAACUUUGAAGUCAUCAUCAAGGAGUAGCAUCAGUAGGCAGCAGGAAGAGAGCAAAGAGGACUAUCAUGGGAACAACGACAGAUGCGGGAAACAAUGCGACAAUGCGACCUAGGAACAUGAGCACGAGCGGGACAUUAAAGACGGCGAAACGAGACGAGAGGAGACAGUGUGUGAGACGCAGACGGAGAUUGAGAUUGAAAUGAUAUGGAGAUGGCGAUGGCGAGAUGAUGGAGUGAAUUAUUGAAAGGAGAGGAGGCGGAGGAGAGAUGUCGAGGAAUCGAAAAAAAUCGAGAUAUCGAGAGCAAAUCACUGUAGGCAGCCACGAUGCACUGCAGCAGCCACUGCAGCACGCAGAUGUUCCCGAAGCGCCGCGGGCCGUUGAGGUCAUGGCCAGGCGACUGGCCACUGGCCACUGCCCGUUGCUCAGAGGAGUGCGCUCCGAAGGAGCUCGCCCACGGAUGAGCCAAGCUGACAAGCUGCCAAUCUGCCAGCAAGGCGCCACACCUUGUGCUGCCCUUGAAACGACGAUGGACAACUUCUCGACACGUUUCCUUUUUGUUUUGCCUACCGGGACUCGCAGCCGGAGCCUAAAACGCAAUCACGCAACCACUCCCGCCCAGGACACGUAUUCACCAAGUGGCUUACCUUCUAACCUUCUUGUGGCCUCCAGUGCAGCAGCCAAUCUUUAGCUCCUGUUCUAACCUUCUUCCUUAAAACAAACAAAACAAACAAAAAACAAAAGAAAAAACCGGUUAACUCACACCGAUCCCCCACCAUA